CUGGCCACGUCAGACUCCUCUCUUGCUCUCUUUGUCCUCCUUUUAUUCCAACUCUCAUUGCCUCCAUGCUUGCAAAGUUCUCAAAAUGGCUUACCUGCGGCCUAUUUGUAGUGCUAAAGGUCAGACCGAUAGGUGUUCCGUUUUCUGUGAAAGUGUUUUCAGGUCUGUAUGUAAGUGCCUACAAUUGUGUGAGUGUUUUCCCAAUGACAACAGGAGAUUUCGUUUUUGAACAAAGUGUCUAAUGUAAGAAAACAUGUGUAGUGUUUCGCAAUAAGUGUGUUAAAGAAUUGCAAACAAAGUGCAAAUUUGAUAAUGUGUCAAAGCUAUGGUUACACUGUCUUUAAGGAAUACUACAAGAAGUUUAGGUAUUGAGGCUUUGGUCUAAGCAUUCGUUUUUAGUGUGUAAGCAAUGGGCAAAAACUGUAAACAGCCACAGUAAAGCAUCCUAACCUAUGCAGACACAUUCUCCCAUCACAAUGUAUCACUGACUGUACAGGACAGAGUACAAACAGUAAUAAACAGGAUUGUGCUCAUUUCUAUUCAAUACCCUUUUUACACUUUUCCCAUAGGUGCAUGAAGUAGAAUAAAAAAAUAUAUAGUAUAUAUAUAGUAUGUAGGUUAACGGGAGAUGAAGUAAUGGCAUGAUUUAGAGAUUAUUGUUUUCCAAAAACAGAUUUCAGCGUGAGUAAACUAGUUUCUUCCUCUAUCCGACCUCCUACUUAAUCUGUCAACUGCGUAGUAAUGUUUUUUUUUAGCUCACCCUCGACGGAGACAGGGACCAAAGAGGAAACACAGUUAACUGCUCAGACCACGCUGAACCUGACUUCUCACCAAAUAUCAAGCAGACGCAGAGGAUGCAGCAAACAGAGGUAUCUGAUUAUGUUAAUGAUUCACCGAGACCAAAGCAGAAAGGCAGUGGGGAUGCUAAUCAAACAGAGAGAAGACUCUGCCAGGUGCUUCUCCUCAGCUUUGGGCUGCUGUGCGUCAUACAAGCCAUUCUCAAUGUUUCUCUACGCCUGACAUUAUACUCUACCCACUCGGACUGCAACGCAACUAAUUUUAGUUACCAAGACCAGGUGAAGAAAGUGCAGAAGGAUUGUGAAGGAGAGCUGCCUGGUCAGUGCAACAGAUUACAAGAACGAUUCAACGCUUUGACACUAGACAAAUACCAGCUGGCAAACAGAAACACUGAGCUCAACAACAUGAUCAAGGACCUGCAGAGGGAGAGGGACAGGCUGAGGACUAGUCUGGAGACCGCUCAAGGAGGAUGGGAGUAUUUCAGCGGUAGUUUCUACUACAUUUCUUCUAUCGACAAAACUUGGCAAGAGAGUAGAGAUGACUGUCUUCAAAAGGGUGCAGACCUGGUGAUUAUCAACAGCAAAGAAGAACAGGAUUUCACGACAAAAUUGAAGAAGAGACUGUGGAUUGGCCUGACUGACUCAGAGACAGAGGGGACGUGGAAAUGGGUGGAUGGGACUCCACUGACCAAAAGUUACUGGAAUUCCGGGGAGCCUAACGGUGGCAAACGUGAAGACUGUGGGGAAAUAAAGAAUUUUGCUUCAGAAAACAGUUGGAAUGAUGGCAGCUGUUCCAUUCAACUCAACUGGAUCUGUGAAAUGAAAGUCCGUCCAUAACUCUGCAAUCAAACCCACCAGACAGAAGACUAAGGAUGAUGAAUAUAUUGCGGAUACAAUUUAGAUCUUCUCAAAAGCAACCUGAAUAUGCUCAUGUGGACACAUCAGUAAAGUGACCAGUUAAAGGGGUGAUAGAAUGAUUAUAUAGGGUAUUUUACACUGUUCCUUAAGGUCUCCUAAUGGGGUA